UACAGGUGUGCUGGCUUGCCUGAAAUGCUAAUCAUAAUUAACAAAAUGUUAACAUAUUUAUUUUUUGUUUGGCCAACUUGCUCAAUAAAACAUGAUAUUCAAAUUUCAAUAAGUUGUUGAAAGGAUACUGAUGUUAAAACAAGUCCCCAGUCCUAAAAUAUUUCAUAAUUUAAUUCACAUAACUCAGUACAGUAUCAAACUAUAAUAUUAUUCAUAGCACACCAGAAAAAACAUUUCAGAACAGGAUUCAUUUAACAUGAUUUGGAGUGGAAGCAUGCCAGCCAAUCCCUAUAACACUAAGAACGUUUUUCAUCUUGUUCUCCCUGCUUUUUUAUAACAGCUGAAAUCCUGACUUGUCUCCUGACCUGUUUACAUUGGGCCCUGCUCUGUUGGGAGCAUCCAAUUGUUAGGAAUGGUAGUGUCCACCCACUUCUCAAUUGUUUGUAUCAAUAGCAUAUGCCGAAGUGUCAGAAUGUGUAGAGGGAAGUGACUAAAUACAAGCACGACUGAGCAUUCAAAGAUGUCUCAUCGUUUUUUUUGUUGACACACACACUCACACACACAAACAUGGUGUCAGGAGUGGCUAGAACAAGAGACAAUACCAUGGAUUAAUACGCUGUUUCACGGCAGGACGCAUUAAAAAAAAAAAAAAAACACAAACUGCCGAAGGAAUUAGCAAUGGGCCAAACAACAUCAACAACAUGGCAGUGAACAUUCCACCUCCGGAGGAGAUGAAGAUGGCUGGCUAUUUGUGAUCGUGUGAAAAUGUGUACGAGAACAACAGCAUCUUACGAGGAAGAACUUUGGGGUGCAAAAGUGGAGAACAAGCCACAACGUCAACUACUGGACGCUGUGUUCAGUCUUCAACCUCGAGUUGUGUUACACAGAGCAGACAUCACUGAAUAUCUUCAUCGUGAGCGACAGAAGCCAGAGAUCCCUCACAAUAUAAAGGAAGUAGAGGAUGAAGAGGUCCACCACAUCAAAGAGGAAGAGGAGCCCAAUUUAGUGAAAAAGCAGGGGGAAGGAGCACACCCCCACAUUAAGGAAGGAGAGAAAUUGGAUCCUGCUCCUGUUAAAAACGAGGAUGCAGAAGAGUACCUUCACAUCAGACAUGAAGUAGAAGAGGACAUCAAGUUUCCAUUGAUUGGUGUCCCUUUGAGGAGAGUAGAUGAAGGUCAAAGUGAGGAGCGUAGAGGGGCGGAGCCCCCAAACAGCAGCUCAAGUCAACACAUAGCAACAGAAGGUGAUGGAACCCACUGUGGAGGAUCACAGCCAGAUGGCCUCUUAGCUACCUCAUCAGACAGUGAUGACGCAACAUCACAUUCUUCUGACUAUGAUGAUGAAAGGGGACAGGCUCAAAUUAAUAUGACACUUCAGACUGACAAAAAACAAUGGAACUGUUCUCAGUGUGGCAAAACAUUUGUGAAUGACAGUAGUUUGAAAAAACACAUGAAAACACACAGCGGUGAGAAACUUUUUGCCUGCUUAGUUUGUGGUCAAAGAUUCUCUCGGAAGCAACACUUAAGACACGCAAGAACCCACAAUGGUAAACCAGCAGGUCUUUUUGAUAAGAGACAUUCUGAUCGGGCCCCUUCCCUAAAGCUUGCUGCAGAAAAGUUUAACAGGUCAUCAAGGGUACAAACACAUAAAUCUACAAAACAUAUGACAAGGUCCAAGCAAAUGCAAAACAGAAAACACCCAACUGCACAAGCUCUGUUGGAGUUGUCAUGUAUACAAGGUGAACAUUCAUAUGCAAAGCAAGCCACACAUUCAGAAACACCUGUGACUGACUCAUCUUCAAAAUGUGUGGACAAGUCAUCAUUAUCAGAUGAUGCGACAUCAUCUCGAUCAAAAAAUUUAACAUCUGAAUCUGCUGAAAAACAAUCGUGCAGUUCCCAACAAUGCAAGAUGAAAAGUGAGGGAUAUCAAAGACUUUUAAUUGAAAAUUCUAAUCUAAAAUCUGCAUUAGGCAGAUCGAGAAUAACACAGGAGACUUUCAAAGACAAUGACAAAAAGGUGAACUAUUAUACAGGUCUUCAGAGCUACAAAACAUUGAUCGCUAUUUUUGAAUACAUUGAAGAAUUCAUUCCAGAGCGUACACACACACAUCGUUCUUUAAGUAAGUUUCAAAAGUUCAUUUUAGCCUUGAUGAAACUGAGACACAAUUUUUUUGAACAAGACCUGGCAUAUAGAUUUGAUGUGUCUCAAGCAACUGUUUCUUCUACAUUUUUGUCUGUUAUCCAUGUUAUGUACAUCAGGCUACAAAGAUAUAUUUACUGGCCGGAAAGAGAAGACUUGAGAAUGUCAAUGCCGCUAGAAUUUAGAAAAUAUUUUUCCUUAAAAGUGCGUGUUAUCAUUAGCUGUUUGGAAAUUUUGAUUGAGAGGCCUUCAGAUUUGAAAUCCCGUGCUCAAACAUGGUCGUCUGAUAAGCACCACAACACUGUCAAAUAUCUUCUUGGAAUGACUCCUCAGGGUUCAGUUUCGUUCAUUUCAAAAGGUUGGGGAGGUCGUACAAGUGAUAAGUACAUUACUGAAAACUGUGGGUUAUUAAAAAAACUUCUUCCAGGAGAUGUAGUGCUUGCAUAUCGUGGUUUUGACACAAAACAGUGUCUUGGUUUUAUGUGUGCUGAGGUAAAAAUACCUGGAUUCACCAAAGGGAGAUCUCAGUUGCCAAGAUUAGAGACUGAGAGAACACGCAGUAUUGCACAUGUGAGAAUUCAUGUAGAGCGUGUUAUGAGUUUAGUUAGAAAUAAAUACACAAUCUUAUCUGGAACAUUUCCAAUGGGUUAUUUAUUAAGUCCAAAUGGUAGCACCCCUGCAGUAGACAAAAUUGUAACUGUAUGCUGCUGUUUGGCUAAUUUUUGCGCUUCGGCUGCACCUUUCAAUUGAUGUAUAGUUUGCAAACUUUUUUUAAGCACAUAGAAGCUGUUGUAUUUUACUUCAUAGUGUAACCAUCAACAUUUUUUGGAUCAAAAUGAUUUCCGAUUAUAAAAGAGAGCAAAAUUCAUAUAGCUUGUUAAUAAAUGAAAUAUUUGACUUCCUUAACUGUUCAUUACCUGUUUUUUUGUUCUAUCCCCAUUAUAGAAUUCAAAAAUCAAUAAUUGCUUACGACCUUUUAAAUUUAAUAAAUCCCUUCAAAAUUUCAACUCCUCUAUAACUGUGUACAAAAAUGACUUUUUUUAAUACACUGAAUAGAAAAAAGAGAUGAAUAAACUUGCAAAAAAAACACGAAAAACUCAAAAAGUUGUACUUUACCAUUGUGCGCUAGUGUUUGAAAGCAGUUGUGUGUGAUUCGGUGAAGUUUGAGUGUUCAAGGGAAACGACAACAAUCAUGGGUGAAGAUUGACAUCCCUCCUAGCCAUUGAGAUGCCAGGAAGAUGCUCCGUGAUAGCCAAUAGGGAGAGGAGCUCAAUUGCGCAUCUUUCAAACAAAGAUACAGGGUGUUAAUGUUGGGUGGAAUUUGGAGGCUGCGAAUUCAGCACCUGUUUUUUGCCAUACGUAUCCUGAAUUGUCCUUAGUAACUAGAUACAGUGGUACCUCUACUGACGAAAUUAAUCAGUUCCAGAAGUAAUUUCGUAACCUUAAUUUUUCACAAGUUGAAGCAUUUUAUAUGUAAAUAGCCCUAAUCCAUUCCAAACCCGCCCCCUCCCGCUGGAACCAAAGUACAUAAUGUAAAGAAUAAUAAUAAUGUAUGCUCAUUUACCUUUGUCGUUCAGCAUUGAUACGAAGAGAAGGGUGAGUGACAAGCAAAAGGCAUUGUGGCGGACGAAGGAGGAGGCACACACACACAACUUAAUUCCACUAAAAUGAAAAAAAUUACACAAACUGUAAAUUCAAAACAGACAUUACCAUCUUUAACUUUUUUUUCAACUUCCAACAUUUUUUGAAGUACACAUCCAAAGAUGUUUGCCUUUGACGGCUUUUAAUAAUCUUGCGAAAAUGUCCAAGGCAAAUGUCAUCGAAGUGAACGAUAGUACGACUAGUUAACUAGUUAUUUUGAAUAAACUUGUAAAUGUCAUGGAAUUUCGGCAACACUUCUUUUAUUCUGUUUGACGGAAUAGUGGAUGCCUCCUUCUCUACACCGCAAACUGCUCCUGCAUCGUUGUGUGUUGCAUCGCCUCCAGCUCCUUUAGCUCCUCCGUAGAAAGAUCCUCAUCGCGCUCCUGAACCAACUUGUCGAUGUCCUUAGCCUUUCCCAGCGAAACAGUUUCCUCAACUUCAGGUUCAACCUCCACUUCAAUCCUAUGAAAAUCCUCUGGAGAAAGCGCAAGAGGCCACAUGCACCCAUGCCUUUAUCAUAUUUCAAGCAUUUCUUGUUUUGUUUUGAUUGACAAAACAACUCGUUUUCUUUUCACUGGCACUGGCCAUCCGUUUCUUGGUGGUGGUUAUUCUGCGAAGAAGUUGUACAGUGCGAGUGCGUGAGCGUAUGACAGUGGAUUCGGUGACGAAAACAAGUGCGUUACGAGUCAUUGACGUCCCUCCUAGCCAAUGACGUAGAAUUAAAAACCAGACCCCGCACAGGCCGGUAUUUCGGCUUCAACGUCCGAUCAGGGCAAAACAUUGCUUUGGGCACGAUUUCCCUGUAGAGUUGACAUCCUAACAAUUGUACAUCGUGAAACAUAAUAACAUUAAAAUUAGUUGGAAUAGCUUUUUUGGUGUUAAAAUGGUUAAUUCAUGUUGUGCUGUUCACUGUCAAAACCGUGCAAGCGGUCGCAAAGAAGUAACUUUUCACCGGUAAGUGUGUUUCACUUUAACCUUCAUUAGGCCGUAGGCUUGAACUUGAAGCUUGGGUAACAUUACUUAUCCUGAAAUUUAUGAAUGACUACUUUUUAUUAUUAGUCACAGCUUUAUUUUAUGACCCAGUGUAACUAGUUAUUGGAUAGGACUAAUAGUUUGAUGUGUACAACAUUGCCACAGAAAUUAUAUCUUGAGAACUUUUUAUAUUACUCCAGAAUACCAUCAGAUAAGCAUCGUCAGCUAUUAUGGGUGAGUGCCAUCAACCGCAUUGGUGCAGUGACGAAGAUGCAAUGGGUGCCAUCAAGAUCUGAUUUUGUUUCUUCUGAACACUUCAGAGAAGAGGACUUCUAUCUCUCCAAGCACAGGCAUUUGAAGCUGCUCAAGAAGACUGCGAUGUUACCUGUUUUUUUCUUGGAAGCUGGAG